UCUAUGGGCUCAAUUAAAAAAUUAAUGUGGUGAUAAUGCUAUUUUUAGUAUCUGCAGCUCUCAAUCUUACAUUACACUAAAUGCUGUUGAUAUUGGCAACAACACAACUGCAGAUUUUUAAAUUCUCAUUAAAAAUCCCAACAACCAAUUUUGCAAUAAGCCAGGGCAUUACUCACACCCCUGGGUGUCUGAGGUGCUGCUUUUUUGUUAGUUCACAUUGGCCUUUUAUUUUUCCUGCUGUGUGCACAGUUUAGGAUGUGUUUGCAGUCUGUGUUUGCAUGUCAUCCAGGUGAAGAUAAAAACUUAUAUGUUUGACAUGCCAGUGCAGACCAGUUACAGACCAGAGGGCUAAGCCCAGGUGUGCUUUGCUAUGAUGCUUUUGUUUUCCUCCCACUCACCUUUGGUCUUGAUUCAGGUCCAGUUCUCUUUAAUGAGAAAGUAUUUCUAACAUGCAGACAAAACCUUACCAAAUUGUGCUUUAUUUUAUAUUGGAUUAAAUUGGUCCAAUUGGAUUCCAUUUUCCAUACCUGGAGUUCUGAAAUGCCUCUAUUGAACUACUUUUUUUCAACAGGGGAAAACAAAUUUGUGAAAUCUCUUUCCAAGUGUCUGACAUUUAUAGUUGAAAACUAAUAGGUUAAAAAUCCAGUUCCUGGGCAAAGUUAAUGAAGCCAUUUUGGAAUAUUACAUCAUUUUAGAUUACAACAUGAAAAAUUUUGAGGACUUUAUGUCAAGACACACUUGUUCUAAUCUGAAUAUAAAUUGAUACAAUAUUCUGAAAAGCAGUAAAGAAAUCUACUGCAUUUUUUCUCUGUAGCACAAAUAUUUAAGGGGAAAGCAGCUUGUUGACCUCUGUAAUUACGCAAUUGUAGCAUUGCUCAAGUGACUUAAACACAAUAUUAUGAUGUGAAGGACAAACUCCAUCUCAACAGCCCUGAACUAUUCAAACAGAGAUAGCGGGGAAAAGUCUUUGAAAAGUAAAUAUUUGCGGAUACAACAAACAAGUAUGGAAAAGAUUCAUCCUCUUUUACCUCCAGAGCUCCCCUGCUCUGUCAUGCAGCUUACAUGCCUCUUAAAGCAGUUACUUCAGUCUCCUUUGUCUUGAUGCAUUUGAAGUGAAGUCAUAGGACUAAAACUAAUGAACUGACUGUAACAUUACUAAUUUAAUUCUUUUUUUUUUUUUUUCUUUUUUUUUCUCUGCUCUCUGCUUGGCUCUGGUCAUCACCCACAGGUGUCCACUGUUGGCUCUCAAAGGUUACUAAAAUUUUAGCAGCUGCUCUGAAGCAGAACUACCUAAGCUUCACUUACUGUUGCAUCUCCCUACAUCACACUGUGCUGCUGCUUUGCUCUUGCCUGCCUCAGAACACAAUAAGAGAUUUUCUUUUUUUUUUUUUUUUAAGUACCUGCAAUGAAACUUAAGCUAGAAGUACGUUCCAUUCUCUUGCUGCCUGUGUACCUGUUAAUAUCUGUAUACAGUAUACUUGUUUUUAUUCCAUGGUAUUUUCUUACCAAUGCCAAGAAGAAAAAGGCAAUGGCAAAACGUUUAAAAGCUAAACCCAUCUCGGACAAGCCUGGGAGCCCGUACCGCUCUGUCACUCACCUUGACUCACUAGCACACAUCAACAUUCCUGGAGCAGACACAUUGGACAAGCUCUUUGACCAUGCCUUGGAAAAGUUUGGGAAGAAGGACUGCCUAGGGACCAGAGAAAUACUGAGCGAAGAAAAUGAAAUGCAACCAAAUGGCAAAGUGUUCAAAAAGUUAAUAUUAGGAACUUACAGAUGGUUAUCCUAUGAAGAAGUAAAUGAGAAAGUGAAUCGCUUGGGGAGUGGACUUACUGCCCUGGGACUAACCCCAAAGAGCACAGUUGUCAUAUUCUGUGAGACCCGAGCAGAAUGGAUGAUUACAGCUUUAACCUGCUUCAAGUACAACUUCCCUCUUGUUACUCUGUAUGCCACCCUGGGUGAAGAGGCAGUAACCUAUGGGCUCAACGAGUGUGGAGCAUCCUAUCUGGUCACCAGUGUAGAACUUCUGGAGAGCAAACUUAAGGCUGCACUGCCACAAGUCUCCUGUCUUAAACAUAUUAUUUAUGUGGACAAAAAGCCUAUCAAUAAAUCAGAAUAUCCUGAAAAUGUGGAGAUUCACAGUAUGCAGACAGUAGAAGAGCUGGGAGCCAGACCAGAAAACUCAAGCAUUCUGCCAAGCAGACCUGUGCCUACAGACUUGGCUUUAGUAAUGUACACCAGUGGCUCUACUGGGAGACCUAAAGGAGUGAUGAUGAUGCAUAAAAACUUAAUAGCUGGAAUGACAGGACAGUGUGAGAGGAUACCUGGACUGGGACCCAAGGAUACUUACAUUGGUUAUUUGCCUCUGGCCCAUGUAUUAGAACUGACAGCAGAAAUUUCUUGCAUCACUUAUGGCUGCAGAAUUGGCUAUUCCUCUCCACUCACGCUAUCGGAUCAGUCAAGUAAAAUUAAGAAGGGAAGCAAAGGAGACUGUACUGUACUAAAGCCUACCCUGAUGGCAGCUGUGCCUGAAAUAAUGGACAGAAUUUAUAAAAAUGUCAUGAGUAAAGUCCAAGAGAUGAACUACAUUCAGAGAACUCUUUUCAAGAUAGGCUAUGACUACAAAUUGGAACAGAUCAAGAGGGGAUAUGAUGCACCUCUGUGUAACGUGUUAUUGUUUAAAAAAGUAAAGGCACUACUGGGAGGGAAUGUCCGUAUGAUGCUUUCUGGAGGAGCACCACUCUCACCUCAGACACAGAGAUUCAUGAACAUCUGUUUUUGCUGCCCUGUUGGUCAAGGCUACGGCCUAACAGAAACGUGUGGAGCUGGAACAAUUACAGAAGUUGCUGAUUACAGCACUGGCAGAGUUGGAGCUCCUCUUAUUUGCUGUGAAAUAAAACUGAGAGACUGGCAGGAAGGGGGCUAUACUAAUAAAGACAAGCCAAAUCCUAGAGGAGAAAUUAUAAUUGGUGGACCUAAUGUCUCCAUGGGAUAUUUUAGAAAUGAAGAGAAGACAGCAGAAGAGUUCUCCACUGAUGAGAAUGGGCAGAGGUGGUUCUGUACAGGAGAUAUAGGGGAAUUUCAUCCAGAUGGGUGUCUGCAGAUCAUAGAUCGUAAGAAAGACCUGGUGAAGCUACAAGCAGGAGAAUAUGUAUCUCUGGGCAAAGUAGAGGCAGCACUGAAGAACUGUCCAUUGAUUGACAAUAUCUGUGCUUAUGCCAAAAGUGACCAGUCCUAUGUGAUCAGUUUUGUGGUUCCUAACCAGAAGAAGCUGACAGCAUUAGCUGAGCAGAAAGGCAUCAGUGGCACCUGGGUAGAUAUUUGUAACAAUCCCACAAUGGAAGCUGAAAUACUGCGAGAGAUUAAAGAAGUGGCAAACAAGAUGAAAUUAGAAAGGUUUGAGAUACCCAUCAAGGUACGGCUCAGCCCUGAACCAUGGACCCCAGAGACUGGGUUAGUAACAGAUGCUUUCAAGCUGAAAAGGAAAGAACUGAAAAACCAUUACCUCAACGACAUUGAAAGAAUGUAUGGAGGCAAAUAAAACAAGCUGUGAGCAGACAGUUGUGCAGAGUUCCUUCUCAUGCCUCAGUCUUGGAUGUCUGUGUAUACUGUAGAUAUCGCACAUUCAGAAAACACACCAAAUGGAGGAAGGUUUUUACAAUCUCUAUGAAGUACAACAGAAUAUUUUAGACUCCAAAUUAUUAAUUAUUAGCAGGUUGGACAGUGAUGGUCUUCAUAGAUUUUCAUGUGAUCAUCUACAGAUUGGAGGCAGACAUUAUGUGAAGCAGCAUGACCUGGUAAUUUUAUUAUUAUUGUUUCUCUAGCAUAUUCAGACUGUUUGCAGCUUCUCUUUUACUUCAUUCUGAAGACUGGCCUAUAUUUCAAAGUGAAAAAUUAAUGUAACUGUGAUUUUUCUGUCAUAGUAAGAUACCUAGAGAGGCAGGAAAAGAGUAUUUAAAGUCUACCAUUCUCCAUUUGAAAACAAACAGGACAACAUUAGUCAAGAACUUCCUAGAGAUUACUAAUAAUGCAGUGCUUGAGAAUGGAUGAAUUAUUCUGCACAUCAGUUAGUGUCUUGCAUAUUUACAGUGCCUAAAAAAGAGUACAGAGUACACUUACUGAAAUGAAGGUGAACUGAAAAGCUUUGUAAAACAAAGUUAUUUGAAAUUUCAUUCAAGAGCAUUGAAUUAACUGUUUCAACUUCCAACUCACCAAAUACGUUUUUACUUGCCAUUGUGUUUUAAUUCAAGCAGAGCUUUCCACUAGAACACACAGCAUAAAAGACAACAGACUUGCACUGCUACAGGAGGUACUGAUGAGAAAUCAUCACCUGAAAGCAGAAUGCACAACUUGCAUCUGGCAAACAACAGUGAAAUUGAUGGCAGUUGUCUCUAAGUAGAUUUGAAACUCCAAUGAGUUUUGUUUGUUGAGUUUUUUUAAGGGGUGGUUGGUGAUUUUAAGGCACUGAUCUUCUAGAUCUUCACAUACAUGUGAGUAAUGGUACAGGCUACCUGUAUGUAAUGUAGAGGAUCAGGGACUAAAAGUCUGUAUUCAGUUUAUGAAAGGUAUUUCCGUUCACCUUUUAAGCAUGGCAGGCAUAACAAGGCAACCAGAAACCAGGUUGUUUCAUGGAGUCUUGUUUUACUUAUGGAAAAUAGUCUGUGGCCAGGAAACUUUGGUUUAUGGAACUCAUAAAAAGGGACAGAAACUUUACAGAAAACUGAAACUCUUUACAGAAACUUAUAAAAAUGUUCGCUUAUUAACUGGAAGUCAUAGAUGUGAAGAAGUGGGAAGAGACAGUAAUAGUUCAUAAUUUUGUGUGCAGAAUCCUGUGUCUUCUUUUGAAUUGUAAAUGAGUUCCUGCAUCCCUGCUAGCUCUUCACACUUGAACCAUAAAUGCUGUAAAAAAGUGGAGGCUCUUGAUACUGUUCUACUUUGCACUUUCUUAAUCGUUUUAUAUAUGUUGCUUACAUUUUGUACAGCUGUGGCCCUCAACUGCUACAUAUUACAAAUUCAUUUUAAAAGUAUUUAUAGAUUUCUAUUGAUAAUAUUUGUGUUGUGUAUAUGAUGGUUAAGAAUUAUUUGGUAUUGUUGCUGUACAGAAAGCAAAAGAUUUUGUACAAUGCUUGUCUUGAAGAUACUAGCUUGCAAUUUCAGGGCAGUUUUUCCCUUUAUUGCAUGUAUGUGUAUAUUUCUUUUUUCCAGUUCAAACAGAUUUUGGCAAAAAUAAAUUAUGGCUAUAUAAUCAUUAAACUAAACUAACCCUUCACCUUGGGACCAACUUCAAGCUUCCCCAAGCAUAACUUUCUCUGACCAGUCCAGAACACUGCCAGCUCAUCUUCCAAGAACACCGAGGGGAAAAAAGGAAAAAUAUAAAGCUGACUGUAUCUAGCUGUGCAUGGAACUAAAAUGGUCACUAAAAGGAACGAGGAAAUAGCUUUUCUAAAAAGGAAAAUUAUUUUUUUAAAGACACAUAGGGUUGGUUUAUGAUAACACAAAAUGCUUCCCAUAUCCUAUCUGUAAAUGCCUCUGUCCUGGAACAACAUUACCAGUUUUUCAGUAUUUAAAAUUGGUCACUACUAAAUAGCCUUUAGUCAGCCUGUUAGCAUCACAAGAGUUAAACACAUGUAAGAAACUUAUUUGCACUUCAGUCUGUCAGCAGGUUGUAUGAUUAUUUUUUUUUAACCAUGAAUGUAUUUCUAUGAAAUGUAUUUUAUCUAGGCUGCAGGUAUCUUGUGUCUUGGUUGACUGAGAAUUACUGUUUCAAUAUAUACACACAUCCACACAGCAUUAACAUUUCAAAAGUGGAAUACAGUUUAAAUGGUUCAACAAAUUUGUGUUCUGGAAGAUCUUUAUUAUGUUGCACAAGUUAUUUCUUGUUACCAUUCACACAUUUUCUCUGAAACUGAGCAUACCUUAAGAAGUUCUCAAAAGCAGCAGAUACUGAAAACAAAGCCUAGAGUGGGCCUUGUUUUCCUUUCAAGAAAUGAACUAAAUGUGGAUGUGCUGCAAAAGACCAUCUUUAGCACACAGCAGCUUUCCAGACUUUUGGAGAGGUGAAGGAUUACAUCAGGCUGCCUUCAAAGCUGAGGAUUAUUUGCAAAUAUAAUACUUGCAACUAUGUAAAAAAAUUAUCCUUAUUUUUAAUGAAUUCUAAAUCCUUUUGUGAGAGCUUGUGGAAAUUUGGGAUGAGCAAGUAUGUCAUUCUUGCUAUCAAAAAUGAGGAAGUCAUAGUGUAUGGCUUCAAAACCUUGAUAGAGGUAACACAAAAUCCUAUGCUUGACUGAAGGACAUACAAGACAAGACUGAAGUGUGAGGGAGCAGCUUAUUUACUAAAUGUGAAGGUCCCAGAAACCUCUAAGUAGAUGCAAGAUAUUCAUGUUGAGAAUUGAAGAUUAUACUCCUAUGUCUGAGAAACAAGUUCAAAGAGAAAAAAAAGAAAAAGCAAGCAGCAUUUUGGCCAUGUCUGAUCCAAGACUGUAUUUAUAACCUCUACUUCAAAAAACAGGAUGUCUAGAGAAAGAUGACAGCCACAAUAGCAGUGAGGUUAGCAAGCUUGAUCUGUGAUUAUAGUUGUUUAGCUGGCCUGAGGAAAAAUGGCACAUAAGGAGAUUAACCUUCAACUACAUACAAUGUUACUUACCCAAGGCACAGAAAAGCUGUCACCAGUGGAAGAGGAGACAGAAAGAGUUACCCUGAGUGACACUUACGACAUUUUGAAAGAAACACAGAAAUUCAAGUAAUUUCCUUACUAAAUACUGAAUUAAUAGAUCAAAAUCUCUGCCACUCAAGAUCUCAGUGAAGGUCAGACACCCUUCAGGAACAGCUUUGACACAGAACUUUGGGUGAGAGCUAGAAGAGAAGACCUGGUAUUUUGUACCUAAUGCCACUGAAGAUCUUGCAAGGGGGGGAAAAAAAAAA